GAAGGUAUUACGUCACAUCCUACUUGCACGCAUCGCACGUACCUACCUCGAACUUGAUCCUCACUUUGCUUCGGCAGGCACCGACGUAGGCGGGUUGCAGGCCGGUUGCAGGCGGGUUGUAUGUAAGCAGGUACGUUGUAAACCCGUGUUGGCCUUUCCUGGCCGGUUACCUCUCGUCCCUGUCCCCCUCUCUCCUAACCCUCGUCGGCGACUCUAUUCCCUUAGCGAAAAUCCAUCCACCGGCAGGUAGGUAUCGAGCUACUCGUGCCGCACUCCGGGAAGAAAUAGACGAUUGCCCCCUAGCCCGUCCUCUCCCCCUUGUCUCCCUCGUUACUCUCCGCCAUACUGCUGUCGGGACCAGACACGAUCAUAUGUUAGUUCCGUCACUACAUGCAAGCCGUUCGUUCGCUUAGGGAAUACUGCCAAAAACUCUAGCUCGCUGGCUGGACUCCCUCCCCCCUCCCCCCAUCGCCUCAUACUUCUUUUCCUUCCCAUCCUCCUCCUCCCUCCUUCUCAACCCGCGUCUACUUUAGGGCCUCCGGCUGGGAAUCGGCAAAUCUAGCGUCGACAGACCCCCUGUUCCUGGUCUUCUCAUCCUCGAAUUGUCCUUACCGUAUCUUCUCCUCCUGUUGCCAAGUCCCCGAGGAGCUGCCCUGGUACUUCGAACCCCCUCCGGCACGAGAUGGCGCCUCGCACCGUGGUUCCCAUCGACAAGAAUUGGGAAUUUAAGCAAGCCGGCAAGGAGGACAGCAACUUCUUGCCGGUCGCCCAAUUUCCCACCAAUGUCCACUUAGACUUGCUUGCCAACAAGCUCAUUCCGGAUCCGUUCAUCGGCAAGAACGAGCUCGAAGUCCAAUGGGUUGGCGAGGCAGCCUGGAUCUAUAGGACCACCUUCGCCAGCCCCGCAGUCGGGAGCACUGCGAAGGCGGUUUUGGCCUUUGACGGGCUCGAUACCUUCGCGACUGUCGUGCUCAACGGCAAGACUAUCCUCGAGUCGGAGAACAUGUUCAUCCCCGAGCGUGUGGACGUCACCGCCGACCUGAAGAAGGAUGACACCGAGAACGAGCUGGUCAUCACCUUCGACAGCGCGUACCUGCGAGGUUGGAAGCUAGUCGAGAAAUAUCCCGACCACAAGUGGAGCUGCUGGAACGGUGACAACUCGAGAUUGGCCGUCCGGAAAUCGCAAUAUCAUUGGGGCUGGGAUUGGGGUCCAGCGCUACUGACUUGCGGCCCCUGGAGGCCGAUCAACCUCGACGUAUACGAGUCGCGGCUUAGCGACCUCUGGUUCGACAUCGACGUCACCGACUCUCUCAAGUCCGCGACCGUGACCACGCAUGCUUCCGUAGAGGGCGAGGCCUCAAAAGUGCGGUUUGAUAUCUCGCUGAACGGCACGUCGGUUGCGAGCCAGACCGUGGACGCCGGCUCCAGCGUUACGUUUGCUAUUCCGAAUCCGGAACUUUGGUACCCUGUCGGAUAUGGAAAGCAACCUCUCUAUACUAUUACGGCUACGCUGCAAGAAGAUAGUCAGGACGUAGAUGGCGUAUCGAAGAAGGUCGGUUUACGGAAGGCCGAGCUCAUCCAGAGACCCCUCACGGGCGAGCCUGGUAAGUCCUUCUUCUUCCAAGUCAACGGCAUUCCCAUCUUCUGCGGCGGCAGCGACUGGAUCCCGGCGGACAACUUUGUUCCGCGGAUCACGAGGGAGAGAUACUAUGACUGGGUCAAACUAGUAGCGGACGGCAACCAAGUCAUGAUUAGGGUGUGGGGCGGCGGCAUCUACGAGGAACAGGCCUUCUACGACGCCUGUGACGAGUUCGGCAUCCUAGUGUGGCAGGACUUCAUGUUCGGCUGCGGCAACUACCCCGGCUGGCCGGAGCUCCUUGCCUCGAUCAAGCGCGAGGCGGAAGAGAACGUCAAGCUGCUGCGGCACCACCCGAGCAUCGUCAUCUGGGCUGGCAACAACGAGGACUACCAAGUCGCCGAGUCCCUUAAGCUUACGUGGGACAAAGAAAGCACCGACUCCGAGAGCUGGCUCAAGACAGACUUCCCGGCGCGCUACAUCUACGAGAAGAUCCUGCCAGACGCGUGCCGGGAACUGUGCCCGGCGGUGUACUACCACCCGGGUAGCCCGUGGGGAGGGGUCGACACGCGCGACCCGACGAUCGGCGACAUUCACCAGUGGAACGUGUGGCACGGGUCUCAAGAGAAGUACCAAAAUUUUGAUAAGCUGGUGGGGCGGUUCGUGUCUGAGUUCGGUAUGGAGGCGUUUCCGUCCGUCCGGACGAUCGAUGCAUUCCUACCGCUGGGCCGUGACGACCCGGACCGGUACCCGCAGUCAUCAACAGUCGACUUCCACAACAAGGCGGACGGCCAUGAACGCCGCAUCGCCCUGUACCUCGUUGAGAACAUGCGGUACGCGCCGGACCCCCUCGAGCAGUUCGUCUACUGCACGCAGCUUAUGCAGGGGGAGUGCCUCGCGUCGGCGUACCGGCUCUGGCGACGCCAGUGGAAGGGACCCGGCCGCGAGUACUGCGCGGGUGCUCUCGUCUGGCAGAUCAACGACUGCUGGCCCGUCACGAGCUGGGCCAUUUGCGACUAUUACCUGCGGCCGAAGCUCGCCUACUUUACGGUGCGCCGCGAGCUCGCGCCCGUCACGGUCGGCAUCGCACGCCGCGAGCACCGAAAGCCGCGGGACAACUAUACGCGCGUGAACAUCGACGUUAGCGUCCGUGUUGAGGUCUGGGCUAGCAGCCUCCUGCCUACGGCCGACGCGGGACCCGUCGACUGCGUCGUGCGCACGUGGGACGUCGAGACGGGGCGCGAGACCCACGUCGCGACGGUCGCGCGCCGCCUGUCGCUGCCGCCUAACCGGUCGACCGAGAUCGCCGAGUUUGACGUGCCGGAGCCGUUGCGGGACUCAGAUGGCAUCGGCGCAGCACGCACGGUCGUCGCGGCAUACCUCAUCCCUAGCACCACGGAUAGCGACGACGUCGCACAGCCGCUCGCUCGGUACGUCAACUGGCCCGAACCCCUGAAGUACCUGCAUCUGGCGCGGCCGACGCAGCUGCGCGCAGAGCUGAGCGCAGACCGCGCCGCCGCGCUGGUGUCGGCUGAGGUGCCCGUCAAAGGUGUCGCUCUCGAAUGUGAAGACGAGAGCGUGGUCUUCGAGGACAACCUCAUCGAUAUCGUGCCGGGUGAGACUGUGAGGGUUGGAGUCCGGGGCGCGCGCGAGGACACUGUAAUUACGAUGCGGUAUUUGACGAUGGUAUAGACUAGUAAGUGCCUAAGGCGGGUAGAUGUUGGGAGGGGAGGGAUGAUGCGAUGGACUGGCUUGUAGGCUUGCGUUGUGUGAUGGCGACAGCGAGUAGAUAAACGAGACUAGAGAGUACCCGUAGAGGCCCUUAAUAAGAUUGACUU